AUGGGCGUGCCAGAGCAAGUAUUUUGUGCCCUGCUGGGCAUACUAACCUCUGUUUCUGGCCAGUCAAAUGAGUGCAACUCCGUUCCAGUACUAUCACGCAUGGAUUGCUUCCCACAACCGGCACCGACCGAGGAAGCCUGCCUAUCACGCGGUUGUUGUUGGGAGGUAUCCGACGAUCCAGACAUUGGUUCUUGCUAUUUUCCGGUCGAGUACCCUGCCUACUCUGUCGUGAACACUUCCUCGGCAGCUGGACACUACACAUUCCAUCUACAGAAGCAGCCCACAAACUUCCACUUCGACAGUGAGCUGACCGAGAUGAGAGUGGAUUUCAUUUACGAGACGGCCAGACGUCUGCGUCUACGCAUCACCGAUCCACAAGUCGCUAGGUGGGAGCCGCCCGUUGAUAUUAAUCCGCCAACAGCCUUUCCUUCGCAGGAUGCCGUCAACUACCGGGUGAGCUACGACGCCGAGCCUUUUGGCUUCAAAAUUUAUAGAAAAAUGGGGGUGAGGGGGGAAGACAAGCUGCUCAUCGACUCCACGGGUCUCCUGGCUAGUAGUCUGAUAGCAAGCAAUCAGUUUUGGCAGAUCGCCUUUAAGAUCGAUGCCCAACGCGGUUUCGGGCCGGGUGAACGGAGAACCGAAUUUCCGCUUCACCUUGACAGAUGGGAGAGGACGGCUAUGUGGGUUCGAGAUCAGCCGCCCGUGGAGAACGCUAAUCUCUACGGUGUGCACAACUUCUUCCUCGGUUUGGCAGUCGAUGGAACUGCAUUCGGCAUCUUCUUGCUCAAUUCAAAUGCCCAAGAGGUCGCAAUCCAACCCCUGCCAUCACUCACUUACCGCACGAUUGGCGGUAUCCUCGACUUCUUCAUUUUUGUCGGCCCAAAACCGCAGGACGUCAUUGCGCAGUACCUAGACCUCGUCGGACGCCCUCCCUUGCCACCCUACUGGGCCCUCGGAUUCCAUCUCUGCCGUUAUGCCUUCCGUGACUUGGCAGAAGUGGAGGCGACAGUGUCCAGGAACAGAGACGCCGGUGUGCCCCUGGAGGUCCUCUGGGUCGACAUAGAUUUCAUGGACGGUAACAAGGACUGGACCGUAGAUCCUGUGCGGUUUGCAGACUUUGGCAAGUUUGUAAAAGAGACGAUUCAUGCGCAGAACGAUAUGCGUACUGUGCUCAUGUUCGAUGCAGCUAUUGAAGCCAGUCCGGACUCUGAUUACGAGGUCUACUUGGAUGGCCUACAUAGAGGAGUGUACAUUAAUGACAGCCGAACCGGCGCUCCAAUUCAGGGAAGUUUGUGGCCCGGCACCGUAGUUUUUCCAGACUACGCUAAGCAGGAAACAGUCGAAUGGGUCUACGACUCUGCCUCUAAGUUCUACGAGGAAGUUCCCUUUGAUGGGCUUUGGAUCGACAUGAAUGAGCCCUCAAAUUUUGUUGACGGCUCCCUCGAUGGAUGCAUCCCGGACAGUCAGCUGGACCACCCACCCUACAUGCCGCCAAUCCUCGGAGAUUUCCUCUACUCAAAGACUAUCUGUCCCUCUGCCCUGCAUGAAAACGGGACCCACUAUGACCUGCACAACCUCUACGGUUACAUGCAGGCCAAAGCGACACGGACAGUUCUCCAACGUCUAUUGCCUGGACAACGCCCGUUCGUACUCAGCCGGUCAACAUUUGCUGGAUCCGGCCGCUACACUUUCCAUUGGACGGGAGACAAUUCCGCAACCUGGGCUGACCUCGCUGCCUCCAUUCCGCAGAUGGUGAACUUCAAUAUUUUCGGAAUACCCAUGGUGGGCGCAGAUAUUUGCGGUUUCAUGGGAAACACCACGGAAGAGCUGUGCAUCCGGUGGAGUCAGCUGGGUGCUUUUUAUCCCUUCUCAAGGAAUCAUAAUGCCGCUGGUACUAAUGAUCAGGACCCGGCCAGCUGGAAGGGUGCGACUGUGGACAUUAUUCGGGGGGCUAUCGAGCUCCGCUAUCGUCUGCUACCCUAUCUGUACAGCCUGUUCUACAGGGCAAAACUGGACGGGAAGACUGUUGCGCGCGCUCUAGCCCUCGAAUACCCCCACGACCUGAGCUGUCAUUCGAUCGAUAAACAAUUUCUCUGGGGAUCCUGUCUCCUAAUUACGCCCGUCCUAACGAAGGGCGCAAGAAGCGUUUACGGCUACCUUCCGGAGGGUCAAUGGGUUGGGCUGAAUGAUCAUGUACGACACAAAAGCAAAGGCCAAUGGUUCUACUUUGAGGCGCCAUUGGAACAGAUUCCUCUUCAUGUUAAGGCAGGCUGUGUAUUGCCAAUGCAUUUGCCUGCACAGACGAUUAAUCAGGCACGCGAUAAGGGAAUUGGUGUUUUGGCUGUCCUGAGGGUGGAGGACAAUGGUUCUACGGCGACCAGAUAUACAGCCGUCGCGUGGGGAGAGCUCUUCUGGGAUGACGGCGUCACGGAGGAUCAGGCCUACACGCAUGUGACCUUCACCGUGGUACAAAGAACGUUAACCAUUCGGGCAAGAGUGGUUCAGUUGCAGCCUGGAGACAAGCUCUUGCACCCGGAGGUACCGCUGGCCUUCAUUAAGAUCGUGGGCAUAUCAAAGCCCCCAAAGACGGUAUUCUUCAACCGCCAACGCUGUGAAUUCUCCUAUGACGCCGCAACACGAUCACUGCUGGUGGCAGGUCGUCCAAAUGACCGCUUGACCAGCAGAACGCAGCUGUCCUGGACUUUUCGUUAA